AUGACGCUCAAAGUCGUAGUAGUAGGCGGGGGCAUCGCCGGCCUCGCCAGCGCGACGGCGCUCCGCAGAGCGGGCCACAACGUGACGAUACUGGAGCGGUCGCAGCGGUUCGACAACGAGGUGGGCGCGGCCAUCCACGUGCCGCCCAACUCGACCCGGCCGCUGAUCGCCUGGGGCUUCGACGUCGUCCGCGCGCGGCUGGUGCGCUUCAAGCACAACGUGUUUGCCGACGGCAGGACCCUCGACGUGCAGAUGGUGAUCGAAAAGGACACCAACCAGAUCGACCAGGUGUACGGCGGGCCGUGGAUGGCCGCGCACAGAGUCGACCUGCACGAAGAGCUGAGGAGGCUGGCGUUUGCCGAGCCCGGGGCCGGAGGCGAGGCGUGGGGGACUGUAGAUGUGCGACUUGGAGCCGAGGUGGUUGCUUACAGCCCUGAAACCCCGUCCGUGACUCUUGCGGGCGGGGAGGUCGUCUCGGGGGACUUGGUGGUGGUGGCCAACGGCAUCCAUUCAGGGGCCCCCGCGGCCGUGACGGGUCAAACCGUGACACCCAAGGCCGUAGGCGUGUACAACUUUUGCUACCGGUUUCUCAUCCCAACCGAGGUGCUCAAUAGCGACCCGGCGACAAAGGAUUGGGACAAGGAGCGAGGUGACGGAGCCAUGAACUCAUUUGUCGUCGGUGACAAGAGGCUGGUUUCGUACACAUGUCGAGAUAACGAGGUGCACAACUUUGUGGGCCUUUUCAACGAUCCAAGUGCCGGGUCGGGCCAGAGAGAAGACAGGUCCAAGGUCCUGGAAACCUUUUCCGAGUUCCACCCGCAGCUCCUAACCAUUAUAAGCAAGGCAUCAGAAUACAAACAAUGGCCGCUGUUGUACCGUGAUCCCCUGCCAACCUGGAUCAAGGGUGGUAUGACCAUUGUGGGCGACGCGUCACAUCCAAUGCUCCCCUUCCAGGGUCAAGGAGGCGCACAGGCCGUAGAGGACGGGGUGGCCCUCGGCAUCUCAAUGGCUGGAGCAACGCCCGAGACGGUGGGCGAGAGGCUUGUGGUUUUCGACGGCGUACGGCGCAACCGGGCCAGCGCGCUGCAGAUUCUCAGCAAUGUAGGGCAGGACGAGGCGCACAAGGUCAGGGAGGAAGUUGGAAAGUUUAUUCCGAUCGAGACGGUUCCGAAGGGCCCAGAAGAGUUUUAUGCUUUUAGCUUUGGGUACAAUGUCGUCAAGGACAUGGUGGACACGAUGAGGAAGAAAAUCGAUCCUCAGUUUGAGCUUCCCAAGGGGUUUUUCAUCAAGGAGCCGGCGAUUCCAGGGCAAGCAUAG